CUUGAUUGAACUUCAAUUUCACAACAUCUCUCUAUUCUCCCUCCUCUGAACUAGACCCAGCAGCCAGUCAGCCAUACCUACUCGCGGCGCUCAUCAUCCUGGCCGCAGCCUGCCAGAACCAGACCUGCAACCACAUCAGCAGCUCCUCGCCUGCAAAAAUGUCACAGUACUAUCCGCCUCCGCCCUCUGCGGCCCAGAAGAACUACCCGCCGCCGCCAAUGUCGGCGCCAGCACACCAGACCUCCUUUGGCCACAUCGGAGGAGGGCCCAUGUCGCCCCCGGCCAACAAGACAUCCUUCUAUCCCCCGCCGCCCAACGGCUCCUCUCCCGCCGCCCAGCAGCAGCAGAGGAGUUAUCCCCCGCCCCCCGCCGCCGCCGGAACGCCGCCUCCCAAGUCUGGCAGCCCCAUGUCCUAUCCACCCCCUCCCCAGCAGUUCUCGCCACCACCAUCUCAGCAGCAGCAGCAGCCAGUCCCCAACAUGAGCCUGCCCCUUCACAUGCGCCACAGCUCCACCGGCUCGAUCCACAGCCAGCACGGACCUCAGUUCACUCACAACCAGCAGCCAUCUCAGCCGCCCCAGUAUGCCGGCCCCCCAGAGGACGGCUACCCGCCCGAGAAGCCACCCCAGUCAGACCGCGACGAGGAGGAGGCCCCCGUGGACACGAGCAACCCGGGGAACCUAGUCGGCGGGGCCCCGCCCGCCGGGCACUUUGUGGGCGCGUCGGCAAUCGUGGACGACGUCGGCACCUUCAACGGCGGGUCCUACCGCAUCAGCCACCGCGACAGCAACACGAUCCUGACCAUCCAGCUGGCCAUGGGGUGCCCGCUGAGCGCGAAGCCGGGCACCAUGAUCGCCAUGAGCCCCACCAUCACGCUCAGGGGCGCCUACAAGUUCAGCAUGAAGAAGUUGGUCGCCGGCGGCGAGAUGGGCCACUCGACAUUCACCGGGCCCGGCGAGCUUUUGCUCGGCCCCCCCUUCCUGGGGGACGUGACCAGCCUCCGCCUGACGGGCAGCGAGAGCUGGAGCGUGGGUCACGACGGGUACCUGGCCAGCACCCAGGGCGUCAUCAAAGAGUACAAGAGGCAGGGGCUCGGCAAGGCCAUGUUCAGCGGCGAGGGUCUUUGGGUCUACAAGGUCAGCGGCACUGGCCUGCUCUGGCUGACCAGCUUCGGCGCCAUCAUCAGGAAGGAUCUCGUAGAAGGGGAAAAGUACAUCGUCGACAAUGGCCACUUGGUUGCCUGGAACACCAAGUACGUGAUGGAGCGGGUCGCAUCUGGCGGUAUCAUUUCGGGCUUCGCGUCCGGCGAGGGCCUGGUGUGCAAGUUCACAGGGCCGGGCACGGUUUUCAUCCAGACAAGGAACGCUAAAUCUUUUGCUGCCUACAUGUCCGGCAGCAAUGCUCCUGUCAACUCAUAAAACAGUAGAUGGGGACUGCCCAAGGGGUAUUUUCAUUCAUGCUCGCCCAAUUGUUAGUUGUCUGUCAGGCAGAGGAAAACAUCUCCAGACUGGCGGGACUGUAGGACUACUCAGACAUAUCUUUUUUUUUUCUUUUUUGAGUACAAUGCUCACCCAUAUUGCUUCACUCCAAGCGGCCAGUUCUGGUGUUUUUGAUGUGUUUCUAUCAUCUCAUUAAUUCAGGAUACAUCACAUUUACUUCUACUCCCCCUCUCUCUGUCGACAAACCCAUCUCCCGUCCACUAUUGAUGUAUUCGUAAUAGCAAUCAUAGGAGGACUGACUGUCCCAUCCCUAACGAAGUCAGCUGUGGUGCUCUGCUGUCGCCUUGAUUGUCUCACGCGCGGAAAAUUCCGCCGAGUACAAGAUCUACUGUUUGUAAUAUGGCAAGUGCCACCAACAACUUUGACAUUCGUUCGAAGAUCGCAGCCGCGAGCGGGGAUGGCGCUUAUGGGGAGGGGACGGAGAGUACAUUUCUGAAUAGUCGCUUUCCCACCGACCGACCACUCCCGACCUCGGGAGGUUGCCAGACAUUGGAUGGAUGGACCAGAGGCCUCGGGGCAGCAGCUACCCAGCGUCACUUCCAACACAGCAUGCCGUCCACCCCGACCGACUACGGUUUCCU